AUGACCUACUCUUUGGUCAUAUAUCUGGUGCUACUAUUCCGACGGUUUGGUUACCCACACCCGAGUUCAGUACCACUUCAGUGGUUGACUAAUAUAUUGGUUGUUACCAUAAAUUUAUAUCAAUUCUUCAUUACAUACGACAAGAAUAUUCCUAUUCUUGAAGCUGUAUUCAAUUGCUUGGAGCUGUUCCUCACAAUAAUAGCAUUUAUUAUCUCGUGUUUAACCACAAGAUAUUCCGAGUUCGUGGCACUAAUUCUUGUCUUACAAUUCCGUCGGUUGGGUCACCGGCACUCCACUUCAAUACCUGUCCUAUGGCUCACAAAUCUAUUUAUUGUUUCCGUUAGGUCUGGAUAUGAGACCAAAUGUCCGAUGAAUGACUUCAAUAUAUUCUCGAAGAUAUUUGUAUCAAAGAAUGCUUACAAUUCAUUUGAAUCGGCGAAUAAGAAGUACAAUCCAAACAAAUUAAAGCCUGAAAUAAGAUUAUUGCCAUUGAUUUCAUCGACUGUUUGGAGCACUUAUACAAUCGCUACAGUCUUAGCCCUAUGCAAAAUAGCUGCCGAUUUUAUUCAGCCCUAUAUUCUCGCAAAACUAAUAGACUUUGUGUCGGGCACCGACCAUAUGUGGCACGGAGUCUAUUAUGCCAUCGCUUUCUGUGUCUGCACUCUGAUGGCCAGACUAUUUGAAUGUCACUCCAAUUUGUUCUCAAUGUUGGCCUCAUAUAGGGUUCGGUCGUCUCUUACAACAGCUAUCUAUAAGAAAAUGCUAAGACUUAGUGCCGGUUCUCGUCGUAAUUACACAACAGGCGAAAUAAAUAACAUAAUGAGUGUCGAUGUGGGAGAGUUAUGUGACUUUCACCGGGCGGCAACUUGCUCAUAUACAAUACCCUUAUGUUUUAUAAUCGGUGAAUACAUUCUGUGGUCACAAUUGGGUCCCUCAUCACUGAUGGUGUUUGUAGUGAUGGCAGCAGUCUUCCCAUUGACUUCAUUCAUAUAUAAACGCAUUGAGAAAAUUCAGACCAAACAAAUGGAGUUAAAGGAUAUGCGAAUGAAACAAAUCAGUGAAGUGUUAAAUAAUAUAAAACUUCUCAAACUGUUUGGAUGGGAGAAGCCGUUUAUGGAUAGGAUAUCGAUAACCAGACAUCAAGAGUUUUGGAUGGCAGUGCCCUUUAUUAUGACAGCGGUUACAUUCACUGUUUAUAUCUAUGCGAGUGGUUUAGCAUUGACUGCUAAGACAGCAUUUGUCUCAGUGUCUGUGAUCAAUAUAUUCCGGAUACCAAUAGCAAGACUUCCAUAUACUUUGUCUUUUUUCACUCGAGCUAUUGUCUCUUUUCGACGAAUUCGCAAAUAUUUAAGUUGUGAAGAGUUGGAGGAAAGUGUGGAAAGGGAUGAGAGAAGAGAUGAUUCAAGUGAUGAGAGAUAUGCCGUGUGUUUGAAAAAGAGUUGCUUUUCGUGGGGUUUAGAAGAAGAGCCGAUUCUAAAGGAUAUUACACUGAAUGUGAAGAAGGGAUCGUUGGUUGCGAUCGUGGGAAGAGUGGGAUCGGGA